UUGGACAAUAGCACUUCUGUAAAGAUAUAACGAAGACCCGCAAGCACAAUGGCAACUCCACUAGAAUCUGUGCUCCUAAUUGGUGGUUCAGGGUUUCUUGGACUUCACCUGAUUCAACAAUUUUGGGAAGAAUCUCCACGUCCAAAGAUACACGUUUUCGAUAUUCGUCCAUUGCCCGAUAAAAUCUCCAAAUAUUUCACAUUUGACCCUAAGCAAAUAGCGGUGCAUGUUGGCGACCUCACGUCUGAAGACGACGUAAAGAAGGCGAUUGAAUCCUCGAAGCCAUCAGCCGUGGUCCAUUCUGCGUCCCCAAUCCAUGGUCUUGGUCAAGAGCUCUACGAGAAGGUCAAUGUCCGCGGUACGGCAAACCUCAUCAAGUGCUGCAAGGAAACAGGAAUCAAGGCAUUAGUAUAUACUUCCUCAGCUGGUGUUAUAUUCAACGGUAACGAUGUGCACAAUGCAGAUGAGACAUGGCCUAUACCUGAGGUUCCAAUGGACGGAUAUAACGAAACCAAGGCAAUUGCAGAAGAAAUGGUUUUGAAAGCAAAUUCGCCUGAGGAGGAGUUCUAUACUGUGGCGUUGAGACCAGCGGGCAUCUUUGGUCCUGGUGACAGACAGCUUGUGCCUGGUUUGAGACAAGUCUUAGAAAGAGGUCAGACAAAGUUCCAGGUUGGUGAUAACAACAACUUGUUUGAUUGGAGUUAUGCCGGUAACGUCGCAGACGCCCAUGUUUUGGCUGCUAAGAAAAUAUUGGACCCUACGACUGUAUCAUCUGUUGGUGGUGAAAAGUUUUUUGUCACGAACGACACUCCUUCGUAUUUCUGGACCCUUGCCAGAACCGUGUGGAAGGCCGAUGGCCACGUUGACAAGUACAACAUCGUUUUGAACAGACCAGUUGCCAUUUGUGUGGCUUACUUGUCUGAGUUUUUCUCUAAAAUUGUCGGCAAAGAACCAGGCUUGACCCCAUUUAGAGUGAAGAUUGUUUGUGCAUAUAGAUAUCACAAUAUCACGAAAGCGAAGACCAUUUUAGGAUAUAAACCCAAGGUUGGGUUAGAGCAAGGCAUUAGAUAUACUUUGGACUGGAUGGAUGAAACAAAAUGACUGAGUGCCUCUAACUUCAGCAUUCAACUUGUGGUCCUCCUACUUCCCUAUUUUCCUCUCUCUCUAUUUCUCUAUUUCCAUUUUCUAUAGUUCUAUAUUUAUUUAUUUAGUCUUAGCCUUGUAAAAUAUAUCAACUACUCUAGUUUUGCCUACAUAAUAUACAUUCUUUGUCCCUAUCCUUUAUCAUUCCCAUAUUCUCUAGACAUUUGCGAUGAUACGUAUGACGACACUGAAAUACAUAGAGUUCGUUCAACUUAUCUAUUUGACUUAUGCCUUCAUUGUUCUCAUUAAUUUUCUCACUUCUAAAAUUCUUCAAUUUAUGAUCUCUCCAAGAUUCGUAAACGGAGUUUCCAAUUUUC